CCCCUAGGCUGUAUCAGUCAGCUGGUUGAGCCAUCUGCUGCCAGGGGGGUUGGAGCUGCUGCGCCUACCCCGCCAGGUGGUUGUAUUCAUUGUGAUCUUGAUCUUUUGCAGUUGAGGAACCUGCUGACAUGGUACGCUAAGGAAUUCAAAGACCCUCUGCUGCAGGACCCCCCAGUGUGGUUUAAAUCCUUCCUGUUUUGCGAGCUUGUGUUUCAGCUGCCUUUCUUUCCCAUUGCAACAUACGCCUUCUUCAAAGGAGGCUGCAAGUGGAUUCGCACCGCCGCCAUCGUCUACUCAGCCCACACCAUGACAACCCUGAUUCCAAUUCUCUGCACGUUUCUGUUGGAGGAUUUCUCUAAAGCCAGUGGUUUCAAAGGACAAGGGCCUAAGACUUUACGUGAACGCUUAACCCUCGUAUCUGUCUAUGCCCCUUACUUUCUCAUCCCUCUUAUGCUUCUGCUUUUCAUGUUGCGGAGCCCCUACUACAAAUAUGAGGAGAAAAGAAAGAAAAAAUGAGAACUACACAAGGAAAACUGCUCAGAACCCAUGUCUUCAGUAGCAUUUGAAACACCAGCAGCAGGAGCCAUAAACUGUCACCUUCCAUGGGCACUGGCACAGACCCAUCACCUGAGGACGGGCCACAUUCACCAUGUGC